GGGUUCUUCAACCGAAACCGAGAUGCCGUCCUCCCGCCAGUCUUCUCACCAUAAUUCGAGCUCCUCGUCAUCAAAGGGAAAGGAACACUCCUCCUCUUCAAGUUCUAGACCCAAAGGGGAUGACUGGUCGGAUAUUACCGACCCUGAGGAGAGAAGACGCGUUCAGAAUCGAAACGCACAAAGAAAAUUCCGAGAUAAGGCAAAGGAGGCCAAGGAGCGCCAAGAUCGAGAAGCCCGUGAUCGAGCUCACGCCGGACGUUCAUAUCACACUCCUGAUCCGCGUGAGUUGGGCACCGAUGAGGAGCUCUCCGGCUUACCUUGGGGAUCAUUAUCUCUGAAGCACGUAAUUUCGCAAGGGAGAGCUAAGGAAGCGGAAUCUAGACGAGGGUCUCCUAAAGACGGGAGGAGCCAUUCCGGAUCUCAAGAACCGGCUUACGAUGACAGAUCGACUUAUUAUGAGGAAGGGGACCAUGCAUACUACGAUUAUGGCAGUGGGAGUGGCAGUGGCCAUGGAAGAUAGGUAGUGGUCGGUUACGCUUUCAUUUUGUCUCGCAUUGCAUGGCUCGCAUCAUUGGGAAUCCUUACGACUAAACGAGGCUAUGAGUAACGAAAAUUCCUACAUCUGCUUCUAUCGCGAUAUUGCCGCUUUCUUCUUGCGACGGGUCUUGGGGUUUUUCAUCUCUUAGCAAGAAAGCAGAAGGAACGAAGAGUUUCAGUACCUUUACGGUGUCAUCUUCUCAGCUCUUUUUCUUUGAACAGAUCUUAUGUUAGAAUCUAGAAUGCUCUUCUCUUUCUGUUUUUGAAGAAAGGAAAGCAAUGCCGCUCCACUUAUAUCAUUCUGCACGUGAUGAUGUAGCAAGCUUUCUUAUUCUUCUAGCUAUGUACUUACUCGAGGCUCCAGCCCAAGAAUGUAUUAUAUAGAACUCCUUCAUCGAUAUUAGCAAU